ACUGGCUGAAAACCAUGCUGGGAGUUUACUGGAUUUCCAUCAUGGCUGUUUAUGUCACACUGGCAGGUGUCUCAGGUGACAAGAUCAUUAAUGGGAAAAAAGUCAAGCCUCACAGUCGACCCUACAUGGCCUUCUUGGAGAUAAACAUCGAUGAACAGAUAUACUCAUGUGGUGGCUUCCUCAUUCACCCUGACUUCAUCCUGACAGCAGCUCACUGCCAAGGACAGAGUAUUACUGUCUACCUCGGGGUUCAUAAUAUCCUAAGAUCUGAGAAGUCCCAGCAGGUGAUACCAGCAGAGGAAAUCAUCCCUCAUGAAUGUUAUGAUGAUGGGACCAUAGUAAACGACAUCAUGCUUCUGAAGCUGAAGCACAGCGCCAAUAUCACACAUGCUGUGAAGACCAUCAGCAUUCUAAAGAGUAGCGACGAUGUCAGCCUUUUCCAAUGCUCUGUGGCAGGAUGGGGAACAACUAAAACCAAUGGGAAAGGCAGCAGUGUGCUGAGAGAGGUCAAUGUUGAGGUUGAUUUCCUAACUGCUUCUCAAAUUUUUGCAAGAGGCCCCGGAAUAAAUGGUGCCUGUAAUGGAGAUUCAGGAGGACCACUGGUUUGUCAAGAUACUUUGAACAUGCCUACAGCUGUGGGGAUUGUGUCUUACGGCCCAAAGAGAUGUGAAGAUCCAGGCAGCGAUGCCUACACAAUGGUGUCUGCAUACUGGGACUGGAUUGAAACGAAAAUCAAGGCCAGCUACUCUGCUUGAUGUCUCUCUCUGUAAGAAUGAAGCCAUUAAGCCAGCAGAGACACCGAGCUGUGAUUUUAUAUCACACUCUCACUUUGCCAAGUCCAUUCACACAGAAGAAUACUGAGUAGCUUUACCACUGUUAUCAAAUUAUAUUCACCAGCACAUGUAACUGCUUAUCUGCUUCAAUAAAAUCUGCUGCUGAACUCGACUCCAAGUCAA